AUGGCGGCCUUGUCGGUCCCUUCACCAUCACUACCACUCACGCUUCUCGCCCUAGUUAUUGUUUUCUCCUGCUACCGAAUAUUCUUCGAACUCACCACGGGAGCAAGACGACGGCAGAUCAUUCGAGAAAAUGGCUGCCAACCACCGUAUUAUUACCCCCACAAGGGAAUCAUGGGGAAAUUGUACGGCUUGGAUGUGAUUCGGGAGAUGGUCAAAGCCGGCAAGGAAGGGAGGAUGAACGAAUCUAAUCGGUUGCGAAACUGGUCGAAAGGACACAAGACGCUGCAUUUCAGUGUCGCCCGGAGGCAUAUCAUCUCAACCAUCGAGCCCGAGAACGUCAAGACAAUCCUAGCGACCAAGUUUCAAGACUUCUCGCUCGGAAAAGGAAGACAAGAAAUCAUGGGACCCAUCUUCGGCCACGGCAUCUUCACCCAGGACGGCAAAGGGUGGGAGCGAUCUCGAGCCCUGGUCCGCCCCAACUUUGUCCGGCAACAGGUGGCGGAUCUCGACAUGUUCGAAUCACACGUCGGCCAUCUGAUAGACUCGAUUCCACGAGAUGGCUCAGCGGUGGACCUGCAGGAUCUGUUUUUCGGCUUGACCAUGGAUUCGGCCACGGAAUUUCUCUUUGGAACUUCCACCAAUACCCUCGCUCCAGGUCUGGAGACCAAGUCUGCGAAUGACUUUGUCAAGGCUUUUGUGUACAUGGGUGAAUCUGUCGGAACCUCUUUCCGCAACGGAGGACUGGACAAAUGGAUUCCGAAUCCCACAUGGCACAAAAUGGUCAAGAAGGUUCACGGAUUCGCGGACGAGGUGAUUCAGAAGGCCAUCGAAGAAGUCGACUCUGGCAAAGUCUCGGACAACAAACGCUAUGUUUUCCUGUACACGCUACUUGAACAGACCCGUGACCCCUACACGCUACGCUCGGAACUGCUCAACAUCCUCCUGGCCGGCCGUGACACCACCGCAGGGCUCCUCACCAACACGUGGCAUGUCCUGUCCAAGCGACCCGACAUCUGGAGCAAACUGGUGGCCGAAGUCAACGGCCUGGGAGGGUCGCGCCCCGACUACAACUCGAUCAAAGACAUGAAAUACCUGAAGUGGGUGCUCAACGAAUCUCUGCGCCUGAUGCCCGUGGUGCCAGGCAACAGCCGAGAAGCGAUCCGCGACACGGUGCUCCCGCUGGGCGGCGGGCCCGACGGCAAGGCACCGGUGUUCGUCCCCAAGGGCUGGACGGUGGGAUACUCGCCGUGGUCGAUGCACCGACGAGAAGACUUCUACGGCGCCGACGCCCUCGAGUUCCGGCCCGAGCGCUGGGAACAUCUCCGGCCCGGCUGGGAGUAUCUGCCCUUCAACGGCGGGCCGAGAAUCUGUGUCGGCCAACAGUAUGCCCUCAUGGAGGCCAGUUAUGCCACCAUUCGUCUGAUCCAGACGUUCCCGAGGUUGGAGAGUCGUGAUGAACGGGAGUGGCGAGAGUGGCUUACCAUUACGCUUGCCAGUGGCGUGGGCUGCAAGGUGGCGUUGUUUGAGAAGUGA